AUGAGAGCUCCACGCUCGCUACCUCCUGCGCUGACAACCAGAUCACGUAAGUGGUGUGGGAGUGGUGGCAGUGGUGGUGGGAUUGGUUGUGGGAGCGGUGGUGGGGGGAGUUGGGGUCAUCAGCAAGUGCCACCCGCUCCCAGCUUGUGCGUUGUCCCCAGCCAAUCACGUCCAUUGAGUGGAGCCCGCAUGAGAGCUCCACGCUCGCUUCCUCCUGUGGCGACAACCGGAUCACGCAAGUGGUGUCGGAGUGGUGGGUGGGGGGAUCACGUAAGUGGUGUGGGAGUGGUGUGGGAGUGGUGUGGGAGUGGUGGUGGGAGUGGUGGUGGGAGUAGUGGUAGUGGGAGUGGUGGUGGGAAUGGUGGUGGUGGGAGUGGUGAUGGGGGGAGUGGUGGUGGGAGGAGUGGUGGUGGGGGGAGUGGUGGUGGGGGGAGUGGUGGUGGGGGAAGUGGUGGUGGGGGGAGUGGUGGUGGGGGAAGUGGUGGUGGGAGGAGUGGUGGUGGGGGAAGUGGUGGUGGGGGGAGUGGUGGUGGGGGGAGUGGUGGUGGUGGGAGUUGA